GCCCGCUUUCCCGCCCGAAAUUUGAAUUUAAUUACCGCCGUUCACAGCCACUUGCUGUCGCUCGAUCGCGAUGAUCAGAAACCUUGACUACGCGCUUUCUGUUUCAACUUUCACUCGAGUUGACCUCGACCUCUUUUCUUCUUUUUUUUUUCUUUCUUCUGAGGCAAUGCCUUCACCUCCCCUUUCCUCUGUAGGGAAGAGAAAGCUAUUAGCCCAUCUGUUCCUUCUUCUCGUUAGCACCAUCGUGCUCGGCCUCUCGAUCCAGGUUAACAAAUUCCAAGAAUGGUUUUACGUCGCAGACAUCUUUCCCUUCGCUCUUUCCCUAAUAUCGCUUGUCCUCCUCGCGGUGAUGCUGUGCCUGGACCUUAUUCUUCCAGGCGCCCCCUCUUUCACAUCCAAACCCUCAUUUGAGAUCGCCGCAUUCACCAUCAUGUCCAUUUUUGGCUCGCAUUCAAUGCAUUCUCUACCUCCCGGUGGCAAAACGUCCCCCUUUCCUGUGGAUCCAUUCCAGAGAACUUCUCAAGCAUGCGCUCGUGGUGCAAGAAUCUUCAGGCGCUCAAGGCAUUUGUCUGGAUUGAAUGGUUGCUGUUCCUCAGCACGGCACUCCUUACUCUCCGGUUCGUACUUAUCGAAAAAUCCCACGGACACAGACAUGUGUUCGAAAUGGCCCUGUCACGAUACUCCGCUUCAUAUAACUCCAACAGCAAUCACAAGCGCGGUGAUAGCGAGUUUUUGCAAUAUGGUGAGCUCACCUGAACUCAUCAUGGGAUGUAAGCCUUGUGCUACGGUGUCGGGGACGGGCAUUCCCCAGGUUACUUACUUCGGCGGCUUCGUUUCUGUUAUUAACAUGGCUACAUUGUUAUAGACAUACUUUUCUACCCCAUUGAUACCCUGUUUCCACAAAAUGAUGUACAUUUACUGUUGAACUACAGGAUAGUGUCAUAUAUGUAGUCACGUACAUUCCAUAUCCUACAAAAGGUGGUUCCAGACGCCUGUUUAAAUACG